AUGAGAAUUCACACAGGAGAGAAGCCUUACCCCUGUACUUUGUGUGGAAACCAAUUCCGCGAGAAGGGACACCUGAAAGCACACCUGAAAACACACACCGGAGAGAAACCUUACCACUGCCCCGCCUGUGGGAUGAAGUUCGCCCAUUUGGGAGCCAUGAAAAUACACCUGCUGACACACACUGGAGAGAAACCUUACCCCUGCUCUGUGUGUGGGAAGAGUUUUACCCAAUCAUCGCGUUUGAAGCAACAUUUCCGGACGCACACAGGAGAGAAACCUUACUCCUGCUCUGUAUGCAGGAAGAGUUUUGCAAGACCAGCAGACCUUAAAGUCCACCACAGAGAUCACACAGGGGAGAAACCUUACAGCUGCACUGAAUGUGGCCAGAGCUUCACCAGUUCCCACAACCUAUGGAAACAUCAGAAGACCCAUCUACCACCUGGACUACCGCAACCUGUUGAGUUUGACAACCACAACCAAACACCAGAGAUGAAUGAUAAAAACGAAGGACUGAAGGAGGAAGAUGAGGAGGAGGAAUUUGGUGUUCUGAUCAAUUCUGAUGGAGAAGAAGUUGGAUUGGACUUGGAUCCUCCUCGUCUCAAUCCUCUGGGUUUUGAGGAAGAGGAGAGUCCGUCAACAUCAGGAGAAACUGAACAACACCAGGUGAACCACAAUACAGCGCUGAGGUACAGCUGCUCUGUGUGUGGGAAGCAGUUCAACCACAAAGGACAUCUGCGAAGACACGAGAGUGUACAUUCAGUUGAAAAACCUUAUGGUUGCGCAGACUGCGACAAGAUGUUCGGUUCCACCAUAGCUCUGAAUAGACACAAGAAGUUACACAGAGAAGAGAAACCUCACAUUUGCACAGUGUGUGGGAAAGGUUUUGUUCAACUGUCACGUUUGAAGGAACACUACCCGACGCACUCGGGAGAGAAACCACACUGCUGCUCUGUGUGUGGGAAGCGCUUCACUACUGCGUCGUACCUCAAAACGCACAGCAAAGUCCACCUGGGGGAGAGUCCUUAUACCUGUAACAUAUGUAGGAGAGAUUGCCAGAAGUUGUCCGCAUUCAAGUUACACAUGAGGAUCCACACAGGAGAGAAGCCCUUCAGUUGCUCUGUGUGCGAGAAGCAGUUCACUCAGAAAAGACAUCUGCAAGACCACCAGAAAGUACACACUGGAGAGAAACCGUACCCAUGCCCCCACUGUGACAAGCGGUUCAGCUUCUCCUCUGCCUUAAAAAGACACCAGCAGUUACACACAGGAGAAAAACCCCACAGCUGCUUUGUGUGUGGGAAUAGUUUCUCUCAAGCAGGGCGCCUGAAAGAACACCUACAGACGCACUCGGGAGAGAGACCUUUCUCCUGCUCUGUCUGCGAGAAAACCUUCAGAAAAGCUUCUGAACUCACGAUACACAACAGAUCUCAUACAGGAGAGAGACCGUACUGCUGUGCCGAAUGUGGUAAGACGUUCACCAGUUCUAUGAAGCUGGGACGACACAAGAAGAUCCAUCAGAACACAAAAACCGAAGAGGUUCUGACUAAAGAUGUGAAGAGUAUUCCAUGA